UUUAUUUCUGUCUCUUGUGUAAAGCGCAACGUCGAGCGGACACACAGCUACAGUGCCGAGCCGUUUUUUCCGAUUGAAGCAAUAUACAUAAUUACUGCAUGCUUCGAUAUUCGAUUACAUUCGAUUGUCACUUUCGCAAACGAAACGAAAUAUAAAAAAAAACAAAAAAAAAACCUUUCACUUUAAAGCCCAUAGAACGAAACGAACCCAAAGUGCUACCCUACCUACCGCAAAAACAACCAACAGGCGAGCCCCAAAACGAAAAAACGAAAACGAGUUUCCAAUAAGGCAGCCAUAUUCAAUAUCGUAUCGAAUAAGCAUCACUAGGAGGUAUCCAACUAGCACCGUUGCACCCGUUGGAUCGUGGCCUAUAUUCAAAAUAGAUCAUCAGCAGCAGCAGCAGCUGCAGCAAGCUGCAACGGGCUGCAGGCAGAAGAGAGCAGAGCAGUGCAGAGCAGAGCAGCAUCUACCUAGUGCCGCCGCCAUGUGAGAACUUAGUCCAAAGUCUAAGAGAAAAACUAGUUUCCCCAUUUGCGCGCUUAUGCUAAAUAAUAAUAAUAAAUAAGCGAAGUUUGUUGUUGACGGAGUUCGGUGUACGCCAGAGACAAGAGACAGGAGACGAGACACAAGAGACGAGAAACGAAAGAGUGACCCACAAAUACUGGUUUUCUUCUGCGGCCUGCGUGAGAACGUGCAGCAAUGGCCUCAACGGCAGGAACAACGUUAACAACGGUGGUUAAGCGGCCUGGACCGCCAGUACCACCAAGACCUAAAACAGCAACAGCAACAGCAACAGCAACAGCAGCAGCAGCAGGCUCUACAGUGACAGCUCCAGCAAAUAGUACUCCUCCAAUCAUACAAAAGAAGCCCACAUUCGUUAGCCAACUGAGUGCUGUGGGACGUACCCUGGUUUAUAAAUCGCCAGCGUUGAGUGUUCAGAAGAAACAGGCUCAAACGCAGACCCCAACAUCGGCGGUGGCUAAAGUCUCGCCAGCAGCAGCAGGAGCAGCAGCAGCCCCAACACCAGCUACCAAGCCACUGAAGCUGCGCAAAGCUCCCGAUGUGCCCACAGCCAAGCCCAGGGACAGGGACCGGGAGAGGGCAUCGAUUAGUCCGGCAGUAGUCGUGACUGUCAAUCGUCACAAAUCGAUGAGUGUGGGUACGGCGAGCGCACACUCCACUCCCCUCAAGGAUACUCGCCUAAGCCUUGGCAAGGUGGAUUUCGAGAGAGCUGGCCUCGGGCUGCAGGCCACAUCCCAGCCGCUGCCCAGGCCGCGCAAGAUCGUUCAGUUGCCAGUGGCUACGCUGGAUGUGGAGGAUGUGCCAGCGUUUGUACCGCCACCGUCGUCUACGCCAGCUCAUAGUAUCUUUCGGCGAUCGAAAACCACUUUGGAUACCUUUCAGACGGCCACAACAGCCUCCAACAGUGGGGGAUUCCUCGGUGGCCGGACCGUGGAGAUCAAGAACAAUUUGAAGAAUGCCGCGGAGCGUCUCUUCUCGGAGAUCAUCGUUAACCAGAGUCAAAAGCAAAGCGUGGCCGAUACAACGAUCAUAACCAAACACGAGCGUGCUAUACAACAUCAAGCGGUGCUACAGCAGAACCAGACCUCCCAGACCGUCAAGGCACCACAGACACCACAGACACCACAGACACCCCAGACAAACUGCAUGCGCAUCAACGUCAAUGGAAACUACGACAAGAUCCUGGUCAACAGUCGCUCGAACACGAACACUGUCAAGAGUUCGAUUAGCGUGGGGAAUACUCCUGAGAAGAAGCAGGCCUUCCACGAGCUGCUCAUUUCCGAGUUGGCUGCUAUGCGCAAUAAAUCCUGCUCUCUGGAGCAGCUUCCCACUAAGUCUUUGUCAUUGGGGCCUGUGGGCACACCCACACCCACACCAACAACAACAUCUACACCCAGGAAAGUGAUAUCACGUCAUCGCUACAACUCCAUUGAUGAUGCCGAUGAUGCAGAGGACGUAGAUGCAGACAAUGUAGAGGAUGCAGACAGUGACGGGGAUGAAGAGCACACACUUACCACCUAUUCGGCCAACAAAUUGGGCAAGGAAAACGGCGAGAUCGAGGCUGAGGGUUCAUCUUCAGGAAGGAAGCGUUGCCCCUCGGGCUGCUCCUCAGACUCGUCACCGUAUGGGACAGAGCGGUCGCAACGUAUCCGUACCUCAGACUGGAUUGAGGUGGGCGACAAUGGCACACAGGUCACGCUAACCAGUUGCCACAUUAGCCUCGAGGACUCUGGCAUGGAGGAUGAAGAGCGGCUCGACGAUAUGUCCUCAUCGGGCGUUGGAGAUAGCUGGGAUAGCGUCAAGGAAGCAGAGAGCGAAAAGCGUUCUCGCAGCGUAAAACGUGGAGUCUCCAUCAGUGCGCUGCCACCCCUGCCGAAAUCUCUUAUUGGCUUCAACAAAUUUCUCGGCUCCGAUUCGGGUCUACUCCUCAGCGAUGGCGAGGCAGUGGAGGCACCGCCGGCGGCCCCGGAGCGUCUCAACAACAACAACAACAGUACCAGUAGCAGCAGCGAGACGAGCCAAAAACAUACGAAUAUAGAUAUCAAUUUUGGCAGUCAACAUAAGAGGGAAACAAAUGAUAAUAACGACAAUAAAAUUGAUAAAUCGACGCCGACGGCAGCGCCUGUAGCAGCGACAGCAGCAGCGACAGCGACACUUGAAAUCAUAACUCCGUCAAAUGUAUGUGCAAACGGAAACUCGACCGUCACGACGACAUCAGCAUCCCCUCCAGCAUCAGCAGCAAAAGAAAGCCCACAUCUCAAUGCCAGCACUUUGGAUGACCAGAUAGCGACGCUGCGAAAGGAAAUGAACGGACUGCGUCAAUUGGAUCUCUCGUUAAUGUCACAACUGUGGGUGCUGAACGAGUCUAUACAAGAGUUUCGCGCCAUGAUCGAGGAGCAAGAGAACGAAGAUGAGGACGAGGAGGAGGGUAUGGGAUUGGGUGCUAAUGAUUUGGAUGUCCAGAGACAUUCGCCAACGCCUUCAUCGUACGAAUCAGUUAGCUCUGAGGGCGGUGGAGAUGUUGCCUCAGAUGUUGUGCUGCAGACAAAGGCAAAGUGCCUUGGCACCAUACCAAAGGUCAUAACCACACAGCCGAAAAUUAUUAGGGAGCUGAUCUCACAACAGCACCAAGAGCAGCCUGAUGCGAAGCAAAAGCCAGUGCCCAGAAUGCGGAGCGCACCACCUCCGCCCCCACAUUCUGCCCUAGCCCUAGCCACAUCCACAUCUACAUCCAGCAUUGCGGCAACGACAGAGCGAAAACCGACUGCGCCAUCACGACCCACAUGAUGUUACCUCACAGACUUCCUCGCCGGAGUCAGGAUGGUCAUGUGCACGUCAUCCUUCUGUAGCGCUGGAUCAUCCUUUGGACUGGGUGUGGCAAGUUUGUCGGACCAGAAACAUUGAUUGGGGGGUGGCUGUUUUAUGCGUAGUUAUAUGCCCUGUAAUUGACGAGAUAACUGAUCAUACGUUCAUACGCAGUAUUUCUUGAAAUCUCGUUGAAAGUCCUAUAAAUAUUUUCGAAACCGACAAAAACAGCUUUUAAGUGAUUU